AAGGAGGAGGUGGAGGAAAAGGAGGAGCCCACAACUUUAAUAUUGGAGGAGGAGGGGGAGGAGGAAGAGAAGGCCAAAACUGACAUUUUGGAGGAAGAGGUGGAGGCCAAAACUGAAGAUUUGGUAGAUGAGGAGGCAGAAAUAGAAAAAGAGACUGAAAAGGAGGAAACUGAAAAUAAAGAUCUUCAUUUGGAUGAAGAAAGAAAUGAAGAAAACAUUGAAAUAACGAACACGAAGCCAGAUAUAGAAGGUGAUGAAGCUUCAGAGGAGGAAGGAGAAGAACAUGACAAAGUAGAAGCUGAGGACGAAGGUCCUAAAACUCUGUCGGAUGAAGGAGAGACGACCACUUUUCUUCCUGGUUAUGACCAAAACGUCAUUGACGAAGAAAACAGUGAGAGCAGGAAAGGUAAAGGACAGAGAAAACAUCUCGUUCUCUUUGAGAGGAUCAGAAGAGUCGGAUCCAGAGCAGCUCACAAAGAUGAAGAGCGACUCCACAAACAUGACAAAGACCUUAAAUCCACAGAACCUGAGGAGGAGAAAAAAGCAAAGGAAGCCAAACUUGAGGAAACCAUUGACAAACUAAAAGAAGAAAAGCCAAAGAAGGAGAUCAAAUCUGAAGCAAAAAUAACUAAGAAGAAACCAGAGAAGCCUGAAGAAGAAGGGGUUGAAAUGAAGAUCCCUAAAAAAGAGAAGGAAGUCAAGAAACCACCUAAGGAAGGUAAGAAACCAUCCAAAGAAGAUAAAGUGAAGAAACCUUCCAAAGAAAAGAAAGAACUGAGAAAACCUUCAAAAGAAGAGGAAGAAGUAAAGAAACCACCCCAAAAAGAGAAAGAGGCCAAGAAACUACACAAAAAAGAAAAGGAAAUCAAGACACCAGCUAAAAGGGAGAAGGGAGUUAAGAAACCCUCUAAAGAAGAGAAAGAGAUUAAAAAGCUUCACAAAGAAGUGAAAGAGGAGACAAAGCCUCUCAAGGAAGAGGUGAAGAAGCCUCCCAAAGAAGGGAAAGAAAUCAAGACACCACCUAAAGAAGAGAAGGAGGGGAAGAAACCACCUAAAUUAGAGAAGGAGGUGAAGAAACCAUCUAAAAAAGAGAAAGAGGUGAAGAUACCACCCAAGGAGGAGAAAGAAUUCAAGAAACCAUCUAAAGAAGGGAAAGAGAUUAAAAAGCUUCAUAAAGAAGAGAAAGAGGUGAAGAAACCCCGUAAAGAAGAGAAGGAGGUGAAGAAACCAUCUAAAGAAGAGAAAGAGGUGAAAAAACCCUAUAAAGAAGAGAAGAAGGUAAAGAAACCAUCUAAAGAAGAGAAAGAAAUCAAGAAACCACCUAAAGAAGAGAAGGAGGUGAAAAAACCAUCUAAAGAAGAGAAAGAGAUUAAAAAGCUUCAUAAAGAAGAGAAAGAGGUAGAGAAACCACCUAAAGAAGAGAAGGAGGUGAAGAUACCACCCAAAGAGGAGAAAGAAUUCAAGAAACCAUCUAAAGAAGAAAGGGAGGUAAAGAAAUCCCCUAAAGAAGAGAAGGAGGUGAAAAAACCAACUAAAGAAGAGAAAGAAGUCAAGAAAUCACAAAAAGAAGAGGAGGUGAAGAAACCAUCUAAAGAA